CAAAACACACACCAAAAAAAAAGGCGGACUAGAUUGAAUUUGGUUUUUCGUUAUUCUUCAUGUACUUCGGAAGUUAGGAACGACUUUUCUCCGAUUCAGAUCGAGGCCUAAUUGCCCUUUGACAAACUUAGAAAAAAAUAGAAAAUGCAAAAAUAGAAAACAUAGUGCAAAUCGAAAAGCAUCAAACAUGGGAGGUAGCGAUGGGAUCUUAGGCAACAGGGACAUAGAAAGAAGCAAAGCAACUAUAGGCAGCACCAGCACAAGAAGAAAAUGGCUGAAGAGGCGAGAGACAUGGCUUGUGGUUCUGGGUGUCAUUCUUCACGCUAUUUACAUGCUCAGUAUCUUCGAUAUCUACUUCAAGACCCCCAUUGUUCAUGGCAUGGACCCUGUCACUCCUCGCUUCAAUGCCCCAGCCAAGCGCCUCGUGCUACUCGUUGCUGAUGGUUUGCGUGCCGACAAGUUCUUUGAGCCUGAUUCUGAAGGAAAUUACAGAGCUCCAUUUUUAAGAAGCAUUAUUAAAGGGAAAGGUCGCUGGGGAGUAUCUCAUGCACGCCCUCCAACAGAGUCGAGACCUGGACAUGUUGCUCUAAUCGCUGGUUUCUAUGAGGAUCCAAGUGCAGUUACAAAAGGAUGGAAAGCUAAUCCAGUUGAAUUUGAUUCAGUAUUUAAUAGAAGCCACCAUACAUUUGCUUUUGGGAGUCCUGACAUUGUUCCAAUAUUCUGCGGUGCUGUGCCACACAGCACAUGGAAUACAUAUCCUCAUGAGUAUGAAGACUUUGCAACUGAUGCAUCCUUUUUGGAUGAGUGGUCUUUUGAUCAAUUUCAGAGCCUUUUAAAUAGGUCCAAUGAAGACUCAAAGUUGAAGGAGUUACUUCUACAGGAUAAUCUUGUAAUAUUUCUGCACCUACUUGGUUGUGAUUCAAAUGGUCAUGCACAUAGGCCCUUUUCCUCCAUCUAUCUCAACAAUGUAAAGGUUGUUGACUCUAUAGCUGAAAGGGUUUAUCAUAUGGUUGAAGAUCAUUUCAAGGACAACCGUACGGCAUAUAUAUUUACAGCUGAUCAUGGAAUGAGUGACAAAGGAAGCCAUGGAGAUGGGCAUCCUUCAAACACUGAUACUCCCCUUGUUGCUUGGGGAGCUGGUGUUAAAAAUCCCAAGCCAAUAUCAGGCACCAACCAUUCUCAUUGCAAUUUUCGUUUUGUUGAUGAACAUAUUCAUGACGCACCGACACCCGUAGAAUGGGGCCUUAAUGAUAUUGAAAGGGUGGAUGUCAAUCAAGCUGAUAUUGCACCACUCAUGUCCACACUUGUUGGUUUGCCAUGCCCUGUUAACUCAGUUGGAAGUCUACCCCUUGAUUACAUAAACAUGACUGAGAUGGAAGAAGUUGAAGCUGUGGUAUCAAAUACAAAGCAAGUUCUCAACCAGUUUCUUCGCAAGUCAUAUAUAAAGCGGUCAAAUUCACUUUAUUUCAAGCCUUUCAAGCAACUGGCCAAUUAUUCUGCUGUACUGGAUCAAAUUGAGCGUCUAAUAUCAUUUAGAAACUAUGAAGCUGCUAUGAAGCUAUCCGAAAAUCUCAGAAGCUUGGCGCUUCAAGGACUUCAUUAUUUUCAAACUUAUGACUGGCUGAUGCUUAUGACCAUAAUCACUCUUGGGUAUAUUGGUUGGAUGAUAUAUCUUUUUGUCCAUGUGCUGCAAUCUUAUACUUCAAUGCCAGGAAAUAUAUCAAGAAAGGAGCAAGCAGCUCGUCAGAGAAGUUAUACUGGAAAGAUAAACCUAUGUGGAUGUCUUUUCAUGGGAGCACUUUCUAUUCUACUUUUUCUGGAGCACUCUCCUCCCCUUUACCAUGCAUAUACUACAAUGACGGUAUUCUUGUGGACCAGAAUAAUUAAUGAAUAUUGGUCCAUAAGAGCAUUAUGGAUAUACUUACGUGGAAGAAAAUUCAACUAUAUCAUUAAACUUGUAGCCACCAGUGCUGUGGCAUUGUUCAUUCUAGAACUUCUGGUGAAUAGCUUCACUGACAGGAAGCUCUACACUUGGUGCUUCCUGAUCACAGGGGCCAUAGCUUCUCUUUAUCUUCUUAAGUCAAUUCCAUGGAGAUCUGGAAUACCAAUCUUUGUCUGCAUUGCAUGUUGGUUUUUGUCCAUAUUUACUUUGAUGCCAGCACAAAUUCCUGAUAAUAAUCAAUUAGUAAUUGCAAGUGGAGCUAUGAUUAUCUUGAUAGGGUUAGUUGCAAGGUGGCUAGAUCUGCAUGCUGAAGGUAAUAAGUUCUGGCUGAGCAUCUCUAAUCAUGGAGUGAAGAGACCCAAGUUUCCCAUGCUCUUUCAUUUACAGGCACUUUUGGUUGGGUUAUCUUCAGUUAUGGUGUCUUUAUCAACGUCUCACAGAACAGAAAAGCAAGAACUGCUUGCAUUACACCAGUUGAUAAAUUGGGCUAUAGCUGGUUUUUCGAUGGUUCUCCCAUUAUUUUCAGCAAAUGGCCUCUUGUCUCGGCUUACUUCUAUAUUUCUAGGUUUUGCACCUCCGUUCCUUCUUCUAUCUAUUGGAUAUGAAGCUGUCUUCUAUGGUGCUCUUGCUCUUGUACUAAUGGCAUGGAUACUAUUUGAAAACACAGUUCUAUACCUAAGUAAGGUUAAAAAACCAUCGUCUUCAAUAAAAAUUGUGGAGGAUCAUCUCACUCUUGAUCAUGAUACUAGAUGCUUGCAGCUAUCUGAUGUGAGGAUUCCUUUAAUCUUUAUGGUUUUAUUCAAUGUUGCCUUCUUUGGAACGGGAAAUUUUGCAAGCAUUGCUAGUUUUGAGAUUUCAUCUGUCUAUCGGUUCAUUACUGUGUUCAGCCCAUUUCUGAUGGCAGCCCUACUUGUAUUCAAGCUAUUUAUACCAUUCUUGCUUGUCAUAUGUGCUUUCAGUUCCAUAACCAAACUACACCAAAUUCCACGUUUGGGAUGCUAUUUUCUCGUUAUAUCAUUUUCAGACGUAAUGACCAUUCACUUCUUUUUCCUGGUCCGGAACACGGGAAGUUGGAUGGAAAUUGGUAAUAGCAUCAGUCACUUUGGAAUAGUGAGUGCCCAAGUUGUAUUUGUUCUGUUGCUGUUUGCCCUCACAAAUGUAUACACAAAAGAUAUCCAGUGCAAUUCAGCACUCGAAUCUUCUCAUAAAGCAAUGUAAAAAGUCACAUCAGAUUAAGAUAUUUGGCACCAAAGUGAGCUUCCUGCUUUCCUUCAAGGUGAGCUUUUUCAUUCUUUACAGCGGCUUCUUUGGGAUUAAAGAGCUGUUUCUCACUUGGCAUCUUCGUCAUUGCUUCCCAUAAGUGCUUAUUGUCUUUGUAAGGACUUCAUAGUAAUGGGAUUUUCCAGAUGUUCCCAUUCAUUGUGCAAUAGUUUAGCAUGUUUAUACAGGGCUUGCUUGGUUCAUUGUAUCUUCAAGUUAUCAUAUCCGCAGACCAUUUAUCAAUAUUAAUCGUAUUUGUAUACCGUUAAUGUGGUAUAAAUUGCAACCACAUUUGUACAAAUUCAUUGAUUAACUAUAUAAAAUUACAAUUAUUAAGAUUGAAA